GAUUGUUAGGGUUUGCGAGAGAUCUCUGCGCGUUCUCCCUGGAUCUGUGCGCGAUGGAGCGCCUCUGCGAGGAAUUCUCUUGAGGAAACCACUGUGUGACGGACGAGCGCUGGAAAGAGCGAUGGCGGCACCGUCUUCUUGGCUGGAAUCCGCUUGGCAGUACUUAAUCGACAACUAUAGCGAACUCCAGCUUGUCACCAUUGGGAGCUUUGUUCUUCACGAAUUCGUCUUCUUCUCCUUUGGCCUGCCCUAUCUCUUCAUGGAGAUUGCUGGCCUGCGAAAGUAUAAGAUCCAGAACAAAGUCAACACUUACGCCGCGCAAGUGAAAUGCCUUGUGAGGCUGCUCUUCUAUCACACUUGCGUGAAUCUUCCGCUGAUGGGAGCCUCGUAUCCAAUUUUCAAGUACAUGGGCUUUACAAGCAAGCUGCCUUUGCCUUCAUGGAAGACGGUCGUGUUCCAGAUCCUCUCCUACUUCAUCCUUGAGGACUUUAUCUUCUACUGGGGCCACCGAGUUCUUCACACCAAGUGGCUGUACAAGCAUGUCCACUGUGUUCAUCAUGAAUAUGCUACUCCAUUCGGUCUCACGUCGGAGUACGCUCAUCCCGCAGAGAUCCUGUUCCUGGGCUUUGCAACGAUUUUCGGACCAGCUAUAACAGGCCCUCAUCUCUUCACGCUCUGGCUCUGGAUUAGCCUUCGCGUUUUGGAGACCAUUGAAGCACACUGCGGCUAUGAUUUCCCCUGGAGCCCCUCCAAGUUUCUUCCUCUCUAUGGCGGCGCGGAGUUUCACGACUACCACCACAGGCUUCUCUACACCAAGUCCGGAAACUACUCCUCGACAUUUACUUACAUGGAUUGGAUUUUUGGCACGGAUAUUGGCUAUCGAAAGCUCAAAGCGCUCAAAGAAAUGGGCGACGAGAUCCCUGAGCCAGUGGUGGCGAUCGACGAGCAUUUGACCAAUGGAAAAUGUGAGAACGAUCAAAGCAAACAAAGCCUUCUUUGCGACUAGACUAUGUAAUCUCCUUUUAUUAAAGUCUUCAGGAAUUAGGGUUC